AUACACCAAUGAAGUGGGUGCUUAUCAUCAUGUGGCGUAUAGUGACCUCGAACCGGCGCAGUCAAGUCUAAUAUCCGACGGAGCAGUCACGGGCCCCUUCUUCUCUUCGACGGGAUUAUGAGUCAGAACGUGAGUGAACCUGUUUCUGAGAACAUCUAUCAAUGUUUCGGGCUGUUUAUUGUGAUUUACUUCUAUAUUCUUCGUUGUUGGAGAUAUUCAACAAAUAUAUUGCCGCAAAAUGAAGUUCUUGAUGCAAGACGAGGAUCGGUACAAUGAAGGCUAUAAGAUAUUGUUAGAAAGGUUGGAACGAAGAAGAUGGUCCGAGGAGUGGGCCAACAACGUGUUUCCAGGCGCCAUAGUACAGAAGUUAGCAUCGAAGCCUAACCAAUCCCAAGGGGCUGAUGAUGGCGCUAUUUGUUCACUAGGUAUAGGCACAGGGAAUGGGGAGUAUGAACUGCACCUUCUGAAGCAGCUUUCAUCCAGGUUUCCUCGAAUCAAGCAUGUAGUCAUCGAGCCAUCUCAUGAUUUCAUCCAGGAAUACCAGACCGAAGCAGCAAAUGUUCCUUUCACUGGUUCUAUUGAGUUUGAAUGGUAUGAGGGGACAUUUCAGGGGUACAAAGAAAAGACACUUGAUAGUGCCGAUGGUAGAUUCGACUUUAUCAGCGCCAUACACAGUUUGUAUUACGCUGACAACGCAAGAGAGACAGUGAAAUUACUCUACGACUGUCUUGCCCCUGGAGGUAUGAUGAUGAUUGACAUGACUGACGACGUGUCUUGUGGACAGGGGAUGUGGACAGAUUUCCCAGAAUUGCAACAAAUGUUCACCUCCAAAAAAUGGAUCUCCAACUCCGAUGUGACUGCCGCACUUCAGGACAUGAACAUACCAUUCUCUCGUCUUGUGAACCCAAUUUUCUUUGACAUCACUGACGUCUUCGAUGAAACUUCAUGGGAGGGAGGCCUUCUGCUUGAUUUUUUCACACAAGUUUCCAACUUUCGCCAGACUGAUAGUGACCUGGUCAAGAGGGUUUUACAAUUUUUAAGGAUGAAGUCCAAGGAGCACAUGGCCACGGUCGAGGGAGCGGAUAGCGGAGAUAGCGAUCGACUCAAACUCAAAAGAGUAUGGGAAACCUUGAUCAUUGAAAAGCCAUCUAAAAACUAGGACACCUCAUCAGUAAUUUUGUUACGAUACUAUAGUCUAGUCUUGCAAAAAUGUCAAAUGAAUGUUUAAAAAGGCCAAAGAUGGGGAGAAAAUUAGAAACCCUGUGACUACGGAACACAGACAUGGUAUCAUUAGCGGCAUCUUUCUGCCGGCCAUUCGCAAGUUUGUAAGCCUGGGUCAUGUGUCACAAAGCUGUUCGUAAAUUGGGCAAUUCCAUUUAGCUUUUUACAAAUUGUACAAUAUAGUCAGGAUGGAUUCUUCGUUCACAUGAUUUUAUACAGAUAUCUUCGAUUUAUCUCAAUUAUCAAGCUUAUGCAAGUGAAUUGCGAUUCAUAUUACAUUACAUUGAUUUAAACUCUCACACAAGCUCAAGUAUAUUUCUAAAGGAAAUCGAUGUGAUCAAACAUGUGUAAGUAUAUACAUUAAAUAGUGGUACGCGAAUGAGGAAAUCUUUAGGCCUACUUUAUCUCAAAGUCACAAUUUCUUUUGUGUUUUAUCAUGAUAUUCCAAAAAGAUUAUUUCUAUUCUGGUUCCAAAACUUCUCUUGGAACGUAUAAAACUUUUUGUAGAUUCAUUGUAGUUUCUGUAUUAUACUUUUUUAUAUUUGACUUUUCAUACAUUGGUGUGUGGUGUGUGACUUAUCCUGCUCCCUAUUAGCAUUCUAGUUUAUAUAUACUGACAAUGUUAUGGUGGUCUUCUGAAAAUGUGCAUGAUUAUCUCAAAAUGUUGUAAACACUUCCAUUUAUAUCCGUGUUGCAAUGUUGAAACUUUUUUUUUCUUUAUAUCUUCAAAUCAUCUUGAUAACCAUGUUUCGGGGUACUUGGCAUUGAUAUAGUGGAUUCCAUAUUAAUCUUCAGCUUUAAGUAUGUUAUUUUUACACUCUUUUUCUUAUAUCAGGAUUGAACUUGGCCUUUAAACCUCUAUGUAGUUCUGUGUGGUAAAAGAAAGCCGAAGGAUGAAACGAUGCUGUCUACUUUGUAAAGAAUUGAAAAGAAAAUGUAUUUUACUGUGUCUUUUUUUAAAUCAAAUACAAUAUAUGUUGUUAACAUAUUUUUUAAAGUAAAGUCAAAAAUUUAAAUGUAGGGUUACUAUGGUACGAGCAGGACGAGAUAUAUUUCAUCAUUUAUUUACAAGUCAUAAUUUUUUUCAAGGUAGAACGCUUAAACCAUAAUCGAGAUAAUUAUAUAUCUCAUCUACCAUUAGUUUGUCAAGUUUAUAAAGAUCACAGUAGUAGUAUUGUCGUUGUUGUUGUUUUAGCUUAUACGGUGCUUAUCAGUAGCGUAUAUUUGCGCCAGAUAGUAGUACUGUUAGUAGUUUCCUUUUCCAUGCUCAGUUAUUUUGUGGUGGUAAGGGUAGGGGUACGGAAAAGACUCGAUGAAAUAAUGUAUUCUUCUUAAUACAAAGAGCAUACUUGCAGAGAUACUGUUGCUCUCAAAGAACAUCUUACAAUCAUUUAUAUACAAUUAAAACUGCACUCUUAAAAAUGUUGGGUAACAUACUGUCCACCCAACAAUUGGUUAACACUUUAUCCAAUUUGGGUAUAGUUUUAAACCAAUAAUGUGUGCUUUGGGUGAAAACUACACAGUAUUGGUUGAAAACUACCCAAAAUAGGAUUUUUUAACCAAUCGUUGUGUGGACAGCAUGUUGUCCAACAUUAGAUGUACAAGAUGCAUUCAUUACCCUUUUAACUUACAUGGCUGAGAUAAGAUGAAGUUAUUAUUCUCACAAAGAAUGUACUUUUAAAGAUAUGGUAUAUUGAUUGCUUCAACAAAGAGUAUGACAAUAGGAUUACUGAAGGGGAAUUUGAACUUGGAUUUUUCUAAACCUUUAUUCAAUAAAUACAAUAUACAUAACUAUCGAAAAAACAACUAUCACUGAUGUACAAAGAGAGAAAUAUGAACAACUUGUACAGGGCUACAUGAAAAUGCACUGUUUGGAAGGAGUAUAUAGAGUAGAGUAAAAGUAUAAUACAAAUAUUCAAAGUGAUACUCAUAAAUACAUUUUGAAACAAAACAGCAGAGGUCGUACCAAGAUCAAAAGGAAAGCUUGUAUUACUGAAGUCCCAAUACAUGCGGGAAUCAUGCAUAUCAUAACAUUUAGGGUUUUUUUAAAGAUGAACUUUAAGGUCCGUAUUCUGAACUCGGGUUUAAAUAAACCCUGGUUUAAAGUUGUGGUUUAACUGUGGAUAGCCUAUUAUUAAACGUUCAGUUUAUUUACUCACAUGACACUAACAUUAUAACUGCUGUGAAUGAUAGCUGAAGUAGUUUUAUUCAUUAUGAAAUCUAAUUGAAACGAAAUAUUAAACAUAAAUAUACGA